UAUAUUAUAAUGGAAAAUGUGGGUGAUUUUGGGCAUGUGGGUCUUCCACAUAUACAUUACUUUCCCUAAAGCUAAAAUCUCUACCGUCCAUUUCCUCUAUAUAUAUGGAUCAUUUCUUGCCUCCUAUUAAUUGUCUUCCAAACUCCAUCUUCCUCAACUUACUCAAUCUUCUCAUUCUUUGUUCUUAUUCUCAAAGUUCCUCUUCAUUCUUCAACAAUGACUAUUGGUGGUGUAACUAAGAAGAGAACACUGAAGAAAGAACAAGAUGAGGUCUACACAAUGGAUGGAUCAGUGGACUAUAGUGGCCAUCCUGCCAGCCGCCAAGAAACCGGGAGAUGGUUUGCGAGCAAUAUUAUCCUUGUAAAUCAAGGAUUGGCUACCUUGGCUUUUUUCGGAGUUGGGGUGAACUUGGUUCUGUUCUUGACAAGAGUGCUGGGUGAAAACAAUGCUGAUGCUGCAAAUGCUGUCAGUAAAUGGACUGGAACUGUCUACAUCUUCUCCCUUGUUGGUGCCUUCCUUAGUGAUGCAUACUGGGGAAGAUUCAAAACCUGUGCAAUCUUUCAGAUAAUAUUUGUUGUGGGUUUGGCUUCAGUUUCUUUAUGCACAUAUCUCUUCCUCCUAACACCAAAAGGUUGUGGAGAUAGAUUGACUUCAUGUGGGAAACACACAAGCAUGGAGAUGGGCUUAUUUUACUUCUCUAUCUACCUUGUAGCCUUGGGAUAUGGAGGUUAUCAACCGAACAUAGCAACGUUCGGUGCUGACCAGUUUGAUGAAGAGUAUCAAAAGGAGUCACACUCAAAGGUGGCUUUUUUCAGCUACUUCUACCUAGCAAUGAACCUUGGAUCACUCUUUUCAAACACUAUACUGGGAUACUUUGAAGAUGAAGGGAUGUGGGCUCUAGGAUUCUGGGCAUCAGCCGCCUCUGCGUUUAUGGCGCUCGUUAUGUUUCUUGUUAGAACACCAAAAUACAGGCAUUUCAAGGCAACAGGGAACCCCCUUUCUAGAUUAAGCCAAGUUCUUAUUGCUGCAAUCAGGAAAUGGAGGACUGAAAUGCCUGAAGGUGAGAGACUAUAUGAAGCAGAAGAAAAAGAGUGUUCUACAGAUGGAAACAGAAAGUUACUCCAUAGUGAAGGUUUCAAAUUCUUAGACAAAGCAGCAUAUAUCAAUUCAGGGGAUUUCUACAACCAGGAGCAAGGACUUCGUAACCCGUGGCGUCUUUGUCCCAUAACACAGGUUGAAGAAGUGAAGUGCAUAUUAAGACUACUCCCCAUAUGGCUAUGCACCAUAAUCUACUCAGUAGUGUUCACUCAAAUGGCAUCGCUCUUCGUCGAACAAGGUGCUGCCAUGAAAACUACAAUCGCAAACUUCAGAAUCCCAGCUGCAAGCAUGUCCAGUUUCGACAUUCUCAGUGUUGUAGUUUUCGUGUUCUUCUACAGAAGAGUUCUUGAUCCACUUAUGAGCAGACUAAGGAAGAGGGAAUCUGGUGGGCUAACUGAGCUACACAGGAUGGGUAUUGGUCUAAUCAUAGCAGUAUUAGCCAUGAUUUCGGCCGGAAUUGUGGAGUGUUACAGACUCAAAUACGCGAUAAAAGAUUGCCCUCAUUGCAAGGCACCUAACCCUAGUACACUAAGCAUUUUCUGGCAAAUUCCUCAGUAUGUGUUUAUAGGAGCAUCUGAAGUUUUCAUGUACGUUGGUCAACUGGAGUUUUUCAAUGCACAAGCACCUGACGGGCUAAAGAGUUUCGGGAGUGCUCUUUGUAUGACGUCAAUCUCACUGGGAAACUACGUCAGCAGUUUGAUCGUGUCGAUAGUUAUGAAAAUAUCGACGGAGGAUCAUAUGCCGGGGUGGAUACCGGGAAAUCUAAACAAGGGUCAUUUAGACAGGUUUUACUUCCUAUUGGCAGCUCUAACUACUGUGGAUUUUGUUGUCUAUAUAUUAUGUGCAAGAUCAUACAAACGUAUCAAGAUGGAAGGGAAAUUUGGUGAAGAACACACCCAAAUUAGUUAUGAUGUCUGAAGUCUGACAUCAGCAACGACGUCAUAUUGCAAAGGCAUUCAUGCUUCACUUGAAUAAAAGAAAAGGGGUAUUAUUGUCCGUUCACCAUGGAGACGUUUUCUAGGGGGGAGCGGGGGAGAGGAAGAUUAUUUGAUGGAAAUAACAGGAACCAUUAGAACUUGUCACUCUUUACCUGUUAACCUGUGAAUUAUUGAAGAUAACUGAAACCAUUGUGUUCUUUCUAAUGAGCUAGGGUUGAGCAACAAGUUCAAGGGAAUUGCUGUUUUUUGCCCUUUCAACUGAAUGUUUAUUUGUGGACUAAGCUUUGUAUUUAAUAUUGUGCUAAUAUCUGGCCUAUUUCCUAUUGGUCAGUUUAUUUUUAUUUUUAUUUUCUUCGACCUUCC